AUGGCUGCCACAUUGCGUCGAGCUGCUUCUUUUGGUCUGCUGGCCACGCUAAGUACAGCCCUUGUGCUGAAUUUGGCUGUGCUCUUUCUCUCUUUCCGUAUAUUGAUACGCGGAACACAAUCACACUCAUACCUCGCAGGUGACCGACCUCGCGAGCUUCCACUAAAGGUUCGCACCAUUCAGGCGGCCUUCCACGACGACCCCCUGCACUAUAAGCUGCAGGGCUUCGUUGCAAAUGCAGAAUGGAACGCUAUCCGCCCUCCUGGCAAGGGCUUCGUUUUCUUAGGCCAAGAGCGCUUUGCAUUUGGCGUGUCCAUGUGGCAUCAGCUGCACUGUCUUAGCCAUAUACGCGCAGUGCUUGUCAACGGCGACGAUGGGUCUGACCACACGGAGCACUGCUUCCACUAUCUACGACAGGGUAUUCUCUGUGCGGCGGACACAACCUUGGAGCAUGGUACAAGUAUGAAGUUGGCAAAUGGGGAUAAAGUCGCGACUGGUUACGGAACCGUCCAUACCUGCCGCGAUUGGCAACAAGUGUAUGACUGGAUGGAGAGCAAGCAUAGCGAGUGGACGCCAGAUAUGUACGCGAGGUACAACGAGUCUAUUAUGUAG